ACUCGUGACUGCGCCAGAUAUGAUUCGCGGGUUCUCCCUAGAUUGCGGUCUCAGAGUGGCGCUUCGCAGCCAGCGUGUGCUCACGCGGGGCUUCUAUGUGCAGAUUGGGGUGGAUCCGUCAGCUAUUUGGAGUGAACGAGACGCGCUCGAGCUCAGUCCGAGUACAGCAUCGACCAUGCGAAGUGCCCCCAGUGCCGAUUCGUUUGCAGACUGGCACAAGGGCAUACCAAUCUUCUUGGCACCAGAUCAAAGAGUUUAGGGCAUUUUUGAAGCGAGGCGCUCCCAGAGGUAUGUGUACUUGGUAGCUUG